AUGGGCGCGGACCUCUUCGGUUCCUUUGCUGAGAGCACCUGUGCCGCACUCGUUAUCGCCGCCGCUGCGGUCGAAGGCUCGCACCACACGCUGGCAGAUGCCGGCUGGGAUGCCAUGCUCUUCCCUCUGGCCAUCUCGGCUGCCGGCAUUGUCAUUUGCAUUCUCUGUGGCUUUGUGGCCACCAACAUCUCGCCGGUCAAGGAAGAGGCCGACAUCGAGACUGUGCUGAAGGUGCAGAUGGUGCUCACCGCCGUCCUGAUGUUGCCCGUCAUCUACUACCUUGCAGUUUUCCUGCUCCCUGCAGAGUUCCGUUUGGAGGGUGUGCGCCUGACUGAGGACGGACACCCGGCCAAGAUCACCGGAAGCCCUUUCAAGUGCUUCAUCUGUGCCACCAUGGGCUGCGUGGGCGGCCUCAUCAUCGGCCUGGUCACAGAGUACUUCACCUCCCACAGCUACGUGCCCACGCGUGAGCUGGCCUCCGCGUGCAAGUUCGGCACCGCCGUGAACAUCAUCCAGGGCCUGGCUUUGGGCUACAAGAGCUGCAUCGUGCCGGUCUUCGUGCUGUCCUCGGGCAUCUUCGUGUCCUUCCAGCUCUGCGACCUCUACGGCAUCGCCCUGGCGGCUUUGGGCAUGCUCGCGACGCUCUCCUGCGGCCUCACCAUCGACGGCUUCGGCCCCAUCUCGGACAACGCAGGCGGUAUCGCGGAGAUGGCGCUCUUCGGCCCCGAGGUGCGCCGCCGCACGGAUGCCCUGGACGCCGCCGGCAACACCACCGCGGCCAUCGGCAAGGGCUUCGCCAUCGGCUCCGCCGCCCUGGUCUCCCUGGCCCUCUACGGCGCCUUCGUCGUGCGCCUGCGCGUGAAGACCGGCGUCAACAUCCUGGAGCCCGUCACCUUCGCCUUCCUCAUCAUCGGCUGCAUGAUCCCCUACUGGUUCGCCGCCCUCACCAUGAAGUCGGUCGGCAAGGCCGCCGGAGAGAUGGUCGCGGAGGUGAAGAGGCAGUUCAGCGUCAAGGACUCCAAGGGCAAGACCCUCUUGGACGGCAGCGAUGAGCUGAAGCCGGAUUCCUUGACCUGCAUCCACAUCUCCACGGAG